ACUGCGGUGGCGGAAGCACCGCCGCGGUGAUUAUCACACGAACACUGGCACGAACAUCCUUACAGCGUCUUCUUGCCUUAAAAUCAUCUGUCUAUCUUUGAGCAAGCACAUUAUUAUCGCACUAUCAUGGCAGAGAGCAAGGGGCCGACCACCGCCGCCACAGCGAGCAAUAAGCUAGCCAUGUCCCGUGCCCUGGGAGCAGCUUUCUUGAAUCACCAGGUCGAACAGCUUGAGAAAUCCGUCACUCGUGUGCCCACGGCGGGCAGUUGGCGUGACAGGCGUCAGUCUCCAGUCGACUUGGGACAUACCAACAAACGUGGAGCUAUCAACAACAACGCCAAGCGCUUACCUUCAGGCGGGAAGACCUCUAAAAGGGCCCCUGGGGAGGUGUUGGAAAAGGAGUUUGGUGAGAUUAGGAUCAGGCGUAAAUCGAGCGACGAGUCCAGAGGGGAUAAGGAUGCGGACCUUGUGAUAGUUGACGCCAGUGUCUUGGUUCAUGCCCUCCAUUAUGUGAAGAAGUGGUGCCGAGAAGGGCGCGAGGAGGUGGUGAUUGUUCCAUUGGAAGCUCUCAACACGCUGGAUCUGCUGAAGAAAGGCACCAGCCCCCUUGCUCAGCGCGCCCGUUCGGCUUCUAGGAUUCUGGAAGCACAAGUGGGCACUAAUCCGCGCAUUCGAGUGCAGAGAGACGACGCCUUCGUUCUCUGGGAUAAUAUCGACUUCAAGGACCCUGUGGAAGAAGAUAAAGAUAAGAUGUCGACACCUGCCCAUCUCUCAAGUUCUCCCGAGUGGGUCCGCAGGACGAUUUGUUGUGCCCGUUGGGAAGUAGAUCAUGCCGGUGCAGCUACCGAGAAGAAGCCAAAGGUCGUUUUGGCAGUCUUGAACCCAGCCGCCCCUCAAGCAACUGUGCCAUCAUCUCCCGGCAAGGCUACUGAUGGUAUCUCACCCGAGGUAUCCUCUCCUGUACCCCUUCCUGCACCCAAUCCUCAUACCCACAAACAUGAGCCUCGUUCUUCAGGGAUACUUGUUAGUCACUGGGCAGCACGUGCGAGAAUCGACAUGCUCGAAGUGAAGCCAACACCUCUUACUACUCCGUCUACCCCUCAAACGACCCGUGGCGGGGAAGACGAGGAAAAGAAUAAGCGUCAAACAGGGAGAGGUAGGCGAAACUCACAGCAUGUUAUCCCCGGUCCCGGUGCAAAUGGCGGUAGCGGCUCAGGUCUAGUGGAGCGGCCCCCCGCCGUCAUGCAAAUGAUGGAAAUGGUCGCUCAGCCCAGCAAAGUGGUCAGGGUCCUUGCGAGAGGAGAGAAAUUGGAACCGGAUCCAUGAUCAUGGGGUUUUCUUUCCAGAGCAUAAGACUGGACCGUGAAGACUAUCUGCACUUGACUACGUUAGAGGAUUGUUAUUCCUUAUGAUCCCUCAAACUCUCCUGGAGACCCUUGGGGAUAUGCGGAAGAGCGUCACUGAACUUUUCCCGGAGUGCGCAUUGCUGCUGCUCGCCUUGGCCGCCACCUCUUUCUGACCAGUCCCUGGAUGUGGGCAUUAGGUGGACUAUCACCUCGUCGAGAUCAAUUCUGCCCUUUUAGUGGGACUUUUUACAAUGACGGUUCAUCUGAGCUACGGAACUAUAUUCUUCUUUCAAGUUGGAAGGGUGCUUGCUACCCGCGUCUUUUUAGACUCUGGCAAGCCACCUUUCCCUCUUUUCAAGCAAUUAAUUCAUCUAUGUCGAAUUCCUCUAUCCCUGAUUUAUGCCUUGUAUUGGAUUGUAAUUUGGCCGCUCUGUAAACUUGUUUCAGACUGUAUGACAAUUUUUCCCCUUGAUUUUGGAAUUCGCUAACAGCCUCAGGUAAAUAGGCAUUUACUAACCGCGGCCAGACUCCUCGGA